AUGGUGUCCCUCCCACCAAUGUUCAACCGUCGUCGGCGGCAUCAUGAUGGCCCUGAGCUACCAACGCAUAACAAGCACUCCUCGGGUCGGCGCGACAGUAGUGCAACUCGCGUCCUCGCCGAGGAGUACAGCAUGCGACGCCGGCCAUCGGUUAAGUUAUGGAUCAAGCUGCAUUGGCUGGAUUUGUUAACUAUGGCCAUCUUUGGCGCAAUCACUCUCGGCAUCUUCCAAGCGCCUCUUGUAACUCACCGCCCGUUCCCCGUUCGUUUCAACAACAACUCCAACGGCUCAUCCUCGCCCUCUGGCGACAUCGUCUAUCCCGAGUUCGCCUACCCGCACAGGCCGCAGAUUGUGCCCAACUGGGCCGCCACCAUCGCGGCCAUGUUCUUCCCCAUACUCGUCAUGGCACUGGCGCAGAUCCGCGUGCGCUCCUUUUGGGACUUUUCCAACGGCGUCAUCGGCCUACUCAACGCGCUCGUCCUCAGCACUUUCUGUCAGAUCCUGCUCAAGUGGCUGAUCGGCGGCCUCCGGCCCAACUUUUACGACACGUGCAAGCCGGACUUGUCCCUGGCCGCCAGCAGAAACCAGAGCGGCACCGAGGGCAUCGGCUACGGUGGCAUCAUGUACACGACGGCCAUCUGCACGGGCGACAAGAAGGACAUUGACAAUGCGCUCGAGAGCUGGCCCAGCGGCCACACCACGGCCGCGUUUGCGGGAUUCGUCUACCUCAGCCUGUACCUCAACGCGAAGCUCAAGGUGUUUGCGAACCACCACCCGGCGCUGUGGAAGCUGGCCCUCGCUUACUUUCCGAUCCUGUGCGCGGUGCUCAUCGCCGGGUCGCUGUCUGUCGACGGCAGCCACAACUGGUACGAUAUCCUGACGGGCAUGGUCAUCGGGAUCACGUUUGCGCUCUCGGCCUACAGGUCAGUGUACGCGUCGGUCUGGAACUGGCGGACCAACCACAUUCCGCUGCACCGGGGCUUGCCGUUCGGCGAAGGGGAGGAUGACAUUGUGGGUAUGCGGUGGACCAUGACCAGGAAGGCCGGGUGGGGAAGGCGGACCAAGACCAAGGGGAUGCGGUUCGGGAAGAAGAAGCGGGGCACUGAUGGUGGUGUUCUCGGUGGUGAGAAGCACGCGACCGAAUUAGGGCAAGGGAACAGCGUGGCACCCGCCAAUCACUAUGAGGGCAACAACUUCAACAACGACAUGGCGUUUGGCGCCGGCCCUACGGUGCCAGGCUCAGCAGCGACGCAUCAUGAUUCUCGCGUGCCGACGCAGCAUGAAGUGCGACGUGGGGGAGACAAUAUUGUCUAG